CCAGCUGGACCACAAUCCAAUUAUUUUGUGAAAAAAAUGUCAACAGCCGCACCAAAAAUCAUAAAAUAUUUCGGCAGGACCACGGAUUUCCGUGGAAAACCCCUCUGGGAGAUUCUUGGGCAUCUCAAGAACUUCGGAGUGGGUAGAAUUGUGACAAGGAGUGCAUUUGAACGGUAUCCGGAACCAUGUUACUAUCGGAUUUUGCAAGUGGAAGCACUUCCAAAUAGUGAGGAUCCCUUGGAAGCAAGGAAGGUCAAGGUGAUGGUGGAGAAAGUUCACAGAGGAAUAAAGAAUCCAGUCCCUGUUCAGAUUCUCGGAACAUCCUACAAAGCUGAUUACCGACUAAUUCCGAAGCAUGAGGAAGCGGAAUACUGCCGGGAAGUAGCUCAGAGAGCUGAGAAAAUCUUCCCGAGGUUCAUUGAUGUGCCGCCUCUGCUGAGGGAGUACCUGAAGGAUGAAACGGGCCAGGAGAAUCCUCAAAUGCCACUGGUGCUAAACAAAUGGGGUCGCCAUAAAACCUACAGGCUGGCUGAGGAGGGAGAACAACCAAAUGUCCACGUAUCCAUGGGCUUGGGGACACCAGUAAAUCCCAAACUCUACCCCGCAAAAGAGCGCGCCAUUGAGUAAAUAGAAUCUCCUGGCGACUUGAUUGAUCCAGUCUAGGUAGUAGGACACCUUAACAUACACACCGGGUACAUUGACUUGUCCACACCCAAUGCCCCACGAUACAAUUCCAGCAAGUUGCCAAACGCCAUUCUUCUCGCACACCAGAGGUCCUCCUCCGUCUCCCUUGCACGCGUCCUUGCCCUCCUCUCCACCGGCACAGAGGAAUCCCGGAUGCAGGCGGUAGUUGUAGCCAAGACGAGUAUUCCGCAGCUGUUGCUGACACUGUAGCUCAUUGAUCACAGGUACAUCGACUUCCUUGAGGAUGUUCUGAUACUUCCCAAACUCCCCAAAGGCAUCCUUUCCCCAGCCAGUGGUCCAGCAACGUGCCCCUGUAAAGUCGGAGAAUCUAUCCGGUAGGCAAGCUGGGGAGAUGUGAGGUGAUUGCGCAAAGUCAACUGGAUGGUUCAUUCGCAACAUGGCAAUGUCGUUGUCCAGGGUACCAGCGUAGUACUCAGGAUGCACCUGGACAGCAAUGAUGUCCCGCUCAAUGUAAGGGUAGAAUUCUACGUCGUGGUUAACGUCCCAUUCCCCAAGGCGAACGCGGAGGUCAAAGCCGUUGUACCUUUAAAUUUGGAGAGAAGAACUCAUAAAUCGUAUUUGAACAUUUUAUUCCCACAAUUGAUCAAUAUUUGACCAAACAUUGGGUACAAAAUUUUAUCAAUUUUGUAGAUAAACAGAUUUGGGAAUAAAAUAAUUGUUUGA